AUGAGCUCACAGAGUCAGUCGCCGUCGCCGUCGCCGCUGACUACCUCAAGAUCUAGAACUCCUUCACGAGCUAGCACUCCAAAUCCGACGCUCAAUCGAUCUCCUUCACGCUUUACGAUUCCUCCUGCACUUCGACCAUCACCAUCUCUAUCCAACCUUCAGGUUCAUAGUUUUAACAAUCCUUCGGUCUCAGACACACCGCCGCCCCCUGUACCAUCUGUCACUCUUAGCCAACAGCUGGACAGCAGCGCCUCCUCAAUCGUGAAUUUAGAUUUAAAUGAAGGGAUCCUGAUACAAGAUGGAGAAGCGGAGACCGAAGUUGCGGAGGAAGAUAUAGUGGUAUCGCCACCCGAUGGGUCUCCAACGGAUGAAAAUACAAAAAGGAUGCUGCGGGACCAACUCAGAAAGACACUGAGCUAUAAAUCCUCGAGACCCGAACUCGGCUCGAAUCGCGUACGAUCGAAAGGAAAGAGGCGAGGGCCCAACGAACUAUCGUUUGAAGCAGCUACCCAGUUCCCACCGCGGGAAUACUUCAUAUUAACUGAUGCAGGAAAACCUGUCUUUUCGAGCCGACCAGGAAGUGAAGAAGCUGACGACGCGGCCUCCUCGAUCGGAAUCAUGCAAGCCCUCAUUUCAAUUUUCAUUGAUACUGGAGACAAGCUUCGGUGUAUUAAUGCUGGCAGAACGCGAAUAGUGUUCCUACAGCGUUCUCCUCUUUACUAUGUCAGCGUGUCGUCUUGGGGAGAACCCGAGUUUGUGGAAGACACGGUCCCACCUUGA